CUCGGGAAUUCUCUCUAGAAUAUUAGUGUCGUUGAUGUUGUUGGACUUUGGGUUUCAAGAUCAGGUUUCCUCAAAGGCCACUUCUCACACACACACACACACACACACACACACACACCCUACUUCUUUCAUUUUUCAUUUUUCUCUCUUUUCCAUCCUUAAGUCUUAUGUAUUGUCCCUCCCUACUUUCCUUCCCCCUCCCCCAUUUACCUACCUACUGCUUCAAGCCAAUGAUCAAAAGGCUUGUUCUUGCCAUAUUAGUCUUCAUUUCUCUACGUUUUCACUUGUUACCUUGGUGUUUCCAAGAGUCUAGCCUUUAUUCUUAGCCACUUAAAAACCUAUCCUGAUAUACUACCAACCAUCUGUAUACUUUGCUCCUGUGUUUCCAAGCACCUGAACUUCAUAGGAUAUUGAAUUCCAUAGAAUCUACCAUGUACUGCUAUUUUGAAAGAUACUCAAUUUCGAUGGACCGUCAUGAUGGCACCAGCAAUGGGACUGCCCGGUUACCCCAGUUGGGGACAGUCGGUCAGUCACCUUACACGAGUGCCCCUCCACUCUCCCACACGCCCAACGCAGACUUCCAGCCUCCUUACUUUCCCCCUCCCUACCAGCCCAUCUACCCCCAGUCUCAAGAUCCUUAUUCCCACGUUAAUGAUCCUUAUAGCCUGAACCCCCUUCACGCCCAACCUCAGCCACAGCACCCAGGCUGGCCCGGACAGAGACAAAGCCAGGAAGCUGGGCUGUUACACACACACCGGGGGUUACCCCAUCAGUUAUCGGGUUUGGACCCUCGAAGGGAUUAUCGGCGACAUGAGGAUCUACUGCACGGACCCCAUGGGCUGAGCUCAGGACUAGGAGACAUUCCGAUCCAUUCAAUACCUCACGCUAUAGAAGAUGUACCGCAUGUAGAAGACCCCGGUAUUAACAUCCCAGAUCAAACUGUAAUUAAGAAAGGCCCCGUGUCCCUGUCCAAGUCCAACAGCAACGCCGUCUCCGCCAUCCCCAUUAACAAGGACAACCUCUUCGGUGGCGUCGUGAACCCCAACGAGGUCUUCUGUUCAGUUCCGGGUCGCCUCUCGCUCCUCAGCUCCACCUCGAAGUACAAGGUCACGGUGGCGGAAGUGCAACGGCGCCUCUCGCCUCCUGAGUGUCUCAACGCUUCGUUGUUGGGCGGAGUGCUUCGGAGGGCAAAGUCUAAAAAUGGGGGAAGAUCUUUAAGAGAAAAAUUGGACAAAAUAGGAUUAAACCUUCCUGCAGGAAGACGUAAGGCAGCAAAUGUCACCUUGCUUACAUCACUAGUAGAAGGAGAAGCAGUACACCUAGCCAGGGAUUUUGGGUACGUGUGUGAAACUGAAUUCCCUGCCAAAGCAGUAGCUGAAUUUCUCAACCGACAACAUUCCGAUCCCAAUGAGCAAGUGACAAGAAAAAACAUGCUUCUAGCUACAAAACAGAUCUGUAAAGAGUUCACCGACCUGCUGGCUCAGGACCGAUCUCCCCUGGGGAACUCAAGGCCCAAUCCUAUCUUAGAGCCAGGCAUUCAGAGCUGCCUGACCCACUUCAACCUCAUCUCUCAUGGCUUCGGCAGCCCGGCAGUGUGUGCAGCAGUCACUGCCCUGCAGAACUAUCUCACCGAGGCACUCAAGGCCAUGGACAAAAUGUACCUCAGCAACAAUCCCAACAGCCACACAGACAACAGCACCAAAAGUGGUGACAAAGAGGAGAAACACCGAAAGUGAGGAUUUCCCUCCUUCCUUCUCCUCAGCUCCACCCUGCUUCAUCUUUUCACCUCUUCCCAUCUCCUUUCUCUUCUGCACCCAUCUUCUCCUUCAUCACCCACCACCACCACCACCACCACCACCACCACCACCUGGCAGGCUACAGCUCUGGAAUCGGCGAUCGACUGCUGCCCAUUCUGUUCUCUGAGUCUGCAGGAAUGCUCUCUUCUACUGUCUACCAACCCUGACUCAUAAUCCCUCUCUGCCUCCUCCCCCCUUCAUCAUCAACACUCCCUCGCCCCCGUUUGGAGCCUAAGAGAACAGAACAGGCGGUGGAGCCAGCAAAGAAAAGUUCUGUCUGAGUUUGUGAACUUUUUUUUUUAAGUAAACCAACAGAAAAAUAAAUAAAAAGAAAGAACUUUUUUCUAAAAAAAAAACAGUUAAAAAAAUUUUAAAAAAAUUCUAUGAGCUUCAUGGGACUGAAUCA